AUGCCCAGCUAUGCUAAGUUCAUGAAGGAUAUUCUAUCAAAUAAGAGGAAGCUGGAAGACAAUGAAACAGUCAUGCUUACUGAGGAGUGUAGCGCAAUUCUCCAACACAAAUUACAACCGAAACUAAAAGACCGAGGGAGUUUUACUAUUCUUUGUCACAUUGGUAAUUUGUAUAUAGAUAAGGCGUUGUGUGAUCUACGAGCUAGCAUUAAUUUAAUGCCUUUAUCUCUUUUCCGGAAACUAGGUUUGGGGGAAGCAAAACCGAAACUAGGUUUGGGGGAAGCAAAAUCGACAACAGUUUCACUACAGUUGGCUGACAGGUCGAUCAAACACCCUCGUGGUAUUUGUGAGGAUAUUUUGGUGAAGGUUGACAAGUUUAUCUUCCCAGCAGACUUCAUUAUUCUGGAUAUGGAAGAAGAUAGAGACGUCCCCCUCAUAUUGGGUCGUCCAUUUUUGGCUACGGGAAGGGCUUUGAUAGAUGUGCAAAAGGGUCAGUUGAUAUUGAGGUUAAAUGAAGAAGAACUGACAAUCAACGUGUUUCGAGCUUUCAGAUUUCAGAGCGAACCGGAUUCUUGCAUGCAGAUUGAUGUAAUAAAAGAAGCGGUGUUAGAGACAUUCAAACUAGAUCACCCUCAAGAUCCGCUUGAAGCGUGCUUAGUACAUUGUCAAGAUUUACCAUCAGACAAAGAGGAAGCAGAAGAAUGUGCACGUUAUUUGGCAGCCAUACCACCAUUCUUCAAGCAACCGCGUUUGGAGCUCGGUGAAAGACCUACAACACCUUUACCAUCUAUACAACAAGCUCCAACUCUUGAACUCAAACAACUGCCAACCCAUCUUCGCUACGCAUACUUGGGGGAAAAGAAUUAA